UUCCACUACACAAAAUCUGAGCAAUAAGGUACGCAAUUCUCUCUCCUCUAAAGUACAAUCUAGGGUUUUUGUCUUGCUCUAUAAUUCUGUUUCUCUCUCUCUCUCACUCUCUAUAUAUACAUAUAUACACGUUUAUAUACGGCUUAGUAAUUAGGUUUCAAAAUCAUGUGUUUCUAGGGUUUAAUCGAUCCGCAAGGAUUUUGAGUUCAGAUGAGUGGUUCGUGAUUGAGUUGAAAUAUAGUCUGAUGCUUUGAAUUAUGGCUUCUGAAUCUAGUGUGAGUCCUGUUGGUGGGUCUGAUGCUGAUGAAACCCUAGUGGAAGAUUUCACCUUUGAGGGUCGGAUGGAGGGGGGUCUGGGUGGGGAGGAGGUAAUGGUGGAAGUAGUGGGUUCUGAUGUGUUUGUUGAUGGGGUUGGUGGUCACGGGGUUGCGGGGGACCGGAAUGGGGAGGUGGGCGGCGGUGCGUUGGCGGAAGAGGGUUUGGAGAGGGAAAUCGAAUCUAGGGAAGGUGAGAGAGUUGGGGAUUUGGGAGGUCAAGUCUUGGAUUCUGAUACGGAAACUAGGGCUGAAGGUCUUGAGGGAACUGUGGAGUCUUUGGGUGAACAAACCCAUGUUGCUGCUGAGGAAGUUUCCAUGAGGGUAAGUGAGGAGGGGGGUUCGGAGAUAGGUGAUCCAUUGGUUGGUGGUGCCACAGAAGCAAGUGCUUUGGACAGUAAAGCUCAGAAUUCUGACAUUGAGACAGGGCUGGGAGUUACUUUAGCGAAUUCAGCGCAAGUAGUUGUUGCAGACGAGGUUGGUGUUGGUGAGGAGAUUUUGGAAAGAGAAUCGGUUGAUGAGGGUGUGGAGAGAAGUAUGAAUGCUGUUGAGGAAGGGGGUGGUGCACUGGAUCAGGUUGAAUUGGUGACAGAAAGAGGUGGUGCGUCAAAUGAUGGAUUGUGGAAUCCUGAAAUUGAAGAUGCAGCUGUAUGUUCUUCGGUUGGUUUGGAAUCUUCUAGUUUGCAAACCCCAGUUGUUGAUGAUGGAGUAGAUGCGACGGCCGAUAAGGAGGCUCUGAAGGACAAAGAUGAAGUUCUGGUUGUUCGUGCUGAGGAGGGUCAUUCAAAUGAUCCAGAAAACAAUCACAGUCAAGUGACCAAUAAAGAAGGUGCUAUUCUUGAUAGUGCUGAACUUUUUUAUCAACAAGUUGAAGGUGCUGUUGGUGGGAACGUAGGGGUGAUGAACGAGGAAAAGAUUUUGCACACAGAAGGCACUUUAGAUAAUCAGCAGAUAAAGGCCGGUACAGCUGAGGAGAAAGAUGUCACGGAUGGCAAAGUUUCUUUGCGUCCUGAUAUUGGAACUCCAGAAAGUGGUGUUGUUGGUGAGAUUGGUGUGGAUGCUGGGGAAGUUGCUACGUUAUGUGCAGAUUCAGGUUCGUGUAUUGUGCAAGCCGAAGUUGCAGCAGAUUGUUUGGUAGCUGGUGAGAGCAUGAUUUCAAUCUCCAGCACUGUAAUCCAAGCUGCCGGCCAAGGUGAGCCUUUGACAGCUGAAAACGGGGUGCUCAGUGCUUCAGAUGAAAACUUAUAUUAUGCAGAGGAUCAACAGUUUAAAGUUGAGAAUGUGAGUGGGGGUUCGGAAAGGGAAAUAGCUGUAUGUACUGAAUCCCACUCUUCUUAUGAACAAACUAAAGUUGUCAGUGGCAAUGAAGCUUCAGGGACUGAAAGCAGUGUCUCAAAUUACGAAGUGAAAAUUCCAGUAACUGAUGAUACGGUUGCGACUGUGGCUUGUUCAGAUGAUCAUCAGACUAUGGAGUAUGAGAAUGCAUGUGGAAUUGCUGAGUUCUCAAAUGAGCAAGCUUUUGUUGCUGAAACAGAGGAAGUUGCAGUGAUGGACUUUGAAGAGGUAGCAAAUAUUGAAGGUGAAGUUGCAAUGGUUGAAGUUUUGAAUGAGAAUACAUACACAGAGAAAGAUGAAGAGUUGAACACUCUGACUGUAGGUGGAAUCAUGGGAAAAGAAGGUCAUGUACAAGGAAAAGCUGAAGCUGAGGCAUCUGAUGAACAAAAUGAAAUUGAUAAGAAAGAGGAAUCUUCAAUUGUUGACUGUCAUGGGAUUGUUCAGGUUCCAGCAUCUUGUCCUUUGGUUGAUAAUAUACUUCUUUCAGAGAAAGAUGAAGAUUUGAAGGUUGAUACUUUGGGAAAGAACACAGUAGAAGAUACUUCCGCAGGAGUUGAUUCUCCUCAAAUAGGGGAUCAUGGUACUUCUAUUCCAACGUGUUCCGGUAGUCUUGAAGACGAAAUAUCCUUGCAAGAUGGAAAACAAGAGACAAUACCCCACCUAGCUGAUAUACCUACUCUUGAGGAAGACGGGGAUCAGAGCAUGAAUAUGCUGAUUGUCGAUGAGAAACUGACUCAACUCAUUGAAGAUGAUACUCAAGCUGUGGAAGGCAAUGUAGGAUUUGGAUUCCCGGAGUGUGUAGAUGGGAGUGCAAUUGGUGAUCUUUAUUUGGAUGAUUCCAGUACAAGGCAGGAUGUGGAAGUUCAGGAACAUUAUACUGGCGCUGGGCUGUUAAAUCAAAAUGAGGGGCUAGAAGUAGAAAUGGGAGAAGAUGGACAAAAUGUGGAAGAUAAAAGCUCAAGACGAUCAACUCUGAGGUCUAGAACCUCUGGAAAGGUGCAUCAAGGCAAUUAUCUUCUGGUACCAGAAAAUGAAGGUGAGUUUUCUCUCUCUGACUUAGUCUGGGGCAAAGUGAAGAGCCAUCCGUGGUGGCCCGGACAGAUAUUUGAUUCUGCAGAUGCAUCAGAAGAGGCAAUGAAAUAUCACAAAAAAGGCUGCUUUUUGGUAGCAUAUUUUGGGGACCGAACUUUUGCUUGGAACGAACCAUCUCUGUUAAAGCCAUUUUGGUCAAAUUUCUCCCAGAUAGAGAAGCAGAGCAAUUCAGAAGCUUUCCAAAGUGCUGUCAGCUGUGCUUUGGACGAGGUUUCUAGACGGAUUGAGUUGGGGUUGGCUUGUUCUUGCAUACAAAAAGACACCUACGACAAUAUUGAAUAUCAGGUUUUUGAGAACACUGGAGUCCGUCAAGAAUCCAGUAGAAGGAAUGGUGUGGACAAAUCUACAGGGGUGAGUUCUUUUCAACCUGCUAAAUUAUUAGGGUAUGUAAGAGCUUUAGCACGGUCCCCAUUUGGAGAGGCUAAUAGACUGGAUCUUGUUGUUGCCAAAGCCCAAUUGCUGGCUGUCAAUCGGUUAAAAGGUUAUUAUAGGUUGCCCAGAUUGCAGUUUUGUGGAGGUUUUUCGGAGAAAAAUGCCAAUAAUCCACAGUUGGGUGAGUCGAUUGACCAUUCGCUCAGUGAUGAUCAAAUUCUCUCCUUUAAGGGGAGAAUGAAAAUCGGAAACAGCUCUUCUCAUAAGCGUAAACACAAUCUUAAGGAUAUUGAGUACCCUAGCAAGAAAGAGAAGAAAUUGUCGGAAUUAAUUGGUGAUAGAGAAAAUUCUUCAGAUGGUGAAAAUGAGUCAGAUUUAAAAGCUUCAAGUAAGUUGGUUUCGUCAUCCUCUGGCAAGAAAAGGAAGAGUGUUGAUGUCCUUUCCGAUGGCUCCGACGUUCAAGAUAGGCCUGCGAAAGUGUCUACUGUUGUGUCUUCAAUUCCCAAGCCAUCAUUUAAGAUUGGUGAAUACAUUCGCCGAGCAGCAAGCCAACUGACAGGCCCCCCCUCAAUUGUGAAGUGUAACGGUGAAAAGGUUCAAAAGGUGGAAGACGGAAGCAGUGAGGUACCUGACAACUCCCCAAGUGGAAGGAUAAAUUUUACCACGGAUUGCUCAUCUUUGAAUGAGAUGCUAUCACAACUUAACUUGAAAGCUAAGGAUCCUACGAAAGGAUACGGAUUACCAAAUACCAUCAUCAGCUUCUUCACUGGUUUUAGAAAUUCCAUUAGUUUGGGUCGGUACUCUGGGAAGCAGAAUUCAUUUAUCGGAAGAGUAGGUGGAGGCAGGAAGAAAAAACCCCAUGGUGUUGGGCAUUCAGAAGAAUUUGAGUUUGACGAUGUGAAUGACUCUUACUGGACAGAUAUGAGUAUUCAAAACAAUUCGGAAGAGCAACCCUCUGGCGACAAUAAGAAUAGAGAAGGCGAAUAUCAGCUUGUGGCCUUUGAUCCAAAUAAACCCCAUAAAUCAAGUCGUAGGGCUUACUCUAGAAAGAAGCGAUUUUCUAAUGCAAACUAUGAGCCGGAUACAGAGGAGGCAAACGCGUAUAUUGAUAAGGUGAAACAAGAUAUGUCCCCAGCAGAACUUUUACUGAACUUCUCUGAGGGAGAUCCUGUUCCUUCUGUACUGAAUUUAGGAAGAACAUUUAGGCGGUUUGGGCCUUUAAAGGAAUCUGAAACUGAAGUUGAUGUGGAGACUGGCCGUGCCAGAGUGGUAUUUAAGAGAGGUUCUGAUGCACAAGUGGCUCUCAGUAGCGCGGGGACAUUUAACAUUUUUGGGCCAGUGACAGUUAAUUACCAGCUCAACUAUACACCGUCGAAGCUCAACUAUACACCGUCAAUCUCAUUUGAAACCUUUCCCCUUGCAACGGCACAAGGCCUGGAGGAUGCAACUUGAUGUCUCUGUUUGAAGAUCUAUUCUGGGGCUGAUAAGAGGACUCUUUUCCGCAUGAAUUGCUGAAGAAGAUAACCAGACUCCAUUAUCUGGUUAUAUGUUUCUAAAUUCCUUUCGUUCAGGGCUCCUACUCUUGUAUGUUUAACUAUGCAUGCUGUCACUUUGCUCCCAUGCUUUGCUUGGUGUGAUGUUAUCCUAUUAAUUGACCUAUCUCGAGAGUUCCUAUCCACGAUGUAUAUCAUAUGAGUUGAUCAAUUACGGGAACCAUGAUUAGUGCUUUUGUUCUUUAUACCUAGCAGUUGUCUGUGCCUGUUGGCCAGAUGAAUGAUAUUGCUGUCUUAGUUUCAUGGCAGAAGAUUAUGAUUUAUGCUGCUGUGGAUAAGAAUGCAAAGCAUUGGCCAUUUUGAUUCAAAGAGUUAUGGCUCUGUAUGUGGGCAAGGUUUGGUUCUUGGACAGGUAGUUGCCUGCUCUGAGUUUUGGCCAUUGUUCAUUGAAAAUUCCAUUUGAUUGUUAUAUUCA